CCCCGCGGGGCGGGGCGGGAGCCGCCGCGGAGCCUUCCGGCAGCCGCGACCAUGUCGGACCCGGCGCCCAAAGUUCCCGAUGAGAUGUUCCGAGAGGUCAAGUACUACGCGGUGGGCGACAUCGACCCGCAGGUUAUCCAGCUUCUGAAAGCUGGGAAAGCGAAGGAAGUGUCCUACAACGCGCUAGCCUCACACAUAAUUUCAGAAGACGGGGACAAUCCUGAGGUCGGAGAAGCUCGGGAAGUCUUUGACUUACCUGUCGUUAAGCCGUCUUGGGUGAUAUUGUCCGUUCAGUGUGGAGCUCUUCUGCCAGUGAAUGGUUUUUCUCCAGAGUCGUGUCAGAUCUUCUUUGGAAUCACUGCCUGCCUCUCCCAGGUGUCGUCUGAAGACAGGAGCGCCCUGUGGGCUUUGCUCACUUUCUAUGGGGGGAACUGCCAGCUGCACCUCAACAAGAAAUGCACGCAUCUGGUGGUCCCCGAACCAAAGGGGGAGAAAUACGAAUGUGCUUUAAAGAGGGCAAGUAUUAAAAUUGUUACCCCCGACUGGGUCCUGGAUUGCAUAUCUGAAAAAACCAAAAAGGAUGAAGCAUUUUACCAUCCUCGCCUCAUUAUUUACGAAGAGGAAGAAGAGGAAGAAGAGGAGGAGGAGGAGGAGGUAGAAAAUGAGGAACAGGAUUCCCCCAGCGAGGGCGGCACCGACGAGAAACCGAGCCCUGCCAGUUCUCGAGAAGGAUCCCCUUCAGGUGCCCAGCAGUUCUCACCCAAGUCAAACACCGAAAAACCCAAAGGGGAGUUGAUGUUCGACGACUCUUCGGAUUCAUCGCCUGAGAAACAGGAGCGAAACUUAAACUGGACCCCAGCGGAAGUGCCACAGUUAGCCGCGGUCAAACGCAGACUGCCCCCGGGAAAGGAGCCGGGCCUGAUUAACUUAUGUGCCAGUGUGCCACCCGUUCCGGGCAGCGUCUUACCCCCCGACGUCCGGGGCAGCGUAAUGGCUUCGGGACAGAACCUGCAGAAUUCUGAAAGAUCAGAAAUGAUCGCUUCUUGGAGUCCGGCGGUGCGGACGCUGAGAAACAUUACGAAUAAUGCUGACAUUCAGCAGAUCGGCCGACCGCCAAAUGUGGCACACAUCCUACAGUCCCUUUCAGCGCCCACGAAAACCUUAGAGCAUCAGGUGAACCACAGCCAGCAGGGCCACGCGAACGCCGGUGCCGUGCUGUUCGGCCAAGUGAAGGUGGCCCCGGAGCCACACCUGCCGCAGCCGCCGCCCCCGCCCCCGCCGCCGCACCCGGUCCUGCACCUUCCGCCCCAGCAGAUCCUGCAGCUCCAGCCGCAGCCGCAGAUCCCGCAGCAGCCCUACGCCCCUCCGCAGCCGCACCCCUUCCCGCAGCCGCCGCCGCCCCGCCCGCAGCCGCCCCUGCAGCCGCAGCACCCGCAGCCGCCGCAGCACCUGCAGCAGCAGCUACAGCAGCACCUGCAGCAGCAGCAGCAGCUGGCCCAGCUGCAGCGCCUGCACCUGCAGCAGCACAUGCACGCGCCCGCCCCGCCCCCGCCGCCCCAGGCCCUGCCGCCCCAGGCCCCGCCCCCGCCGCAGCCGCAGCCGCCGCCGCCCCCGCACCCGCACCAGCACCAGCACCCGCACCAGCUGUUUGGACACGACCCCGCAGUGGAGAUUCCCGAAGAAGGGUUCCUCCUGGGCUGUGUGUUCGCGAUUGCGGAUUAUCCCGAGCAGAUGUCUGAUAAACAGCUCCUGGCCACCUGGAAGAGGAUAAUCCAGGCGCACGGCGGCACCGUGGACCCGACGUUCUCGAGCCGGUGCACACAUCUCCUCUGCGAGAGUCAGGUCAGCGGGAUGUACGCACAGGCGAUCAGGGAGAGGAAGAGAUGUGUCACAGCGCACUGGCUAAACACCGUCCUGAAGAAGAGGAAGAUGGUGCCGCCCCACCGUGCCCUUCACUUCCCGGUGGCUUUCCCCCCCGGAGGGAAGCCGUGUUCUCAGCACAUUAUUUCUGUGACUGGAUUUGUCGACAGUGACAGGGACGACCUGAAGCUCAUGGCUUACCUGGCAGGCGCCAAGUACACGGGCUACCUGUGCCGCAGCAACACGGUGCUCAUCUGUAAAGAGCCUGCCGGUUUGAAGUACGAAAAGGCCAAGGAGUGGAGAAUACCGUGCGUGAACGCCCAGUGGCUUGGCGACAUUCUCCUGGGGAACUUCGAAGCGCUGAGACAGGCCCACUGCGGCCGCUACACGACGUUCAGUCUGCAGGAGCCCUUUGCCCCUACCCCGCACUUGGUUUUCAGUCUCCUGGAUGCCUGGAGGGUCCCGCUGAAGGUGUCGGCAGAACUGCUGAUGGGUGUGAGGCUACCUCCCAAGCUGAAGCAGAACGAAGUGACCAACGUCCAGCCUUCUUCCAAAAGAGCCAGAAUUGAAGAUCUACCCCCUCCCACCAAAAAGUUAACACCAGAAUUGACCCCUUUUGUGCUUUUCACUGGAUUUGAGCCUGUGCAAGUUCAACAGUAUAUUAAGAAGCUCUACAUCCUUGGGGGCGAGGUCGCCGAGUCUGCGCAGAAAUGCACGCACCUCAUCGCCAGCAAAGUGACGCGCACGGUGAAGUUCCUGACGGCCAUCUCCGUGGUGAAGCACAUCGUGACGCCGGACUGGCUGGAAGAGUGUUUCAAGUGUCAGACGUUUAUCGAUGAGCAGAACUACCUCCUCCGAGACGCUGAGGCCGAAGUGCUGUUCUCUUUCAGUCUGGAAGAGUCCUUGAAGAGGGCACACGCUUCUCCACUCUUCAAGGCAAAAUAUUUUUACAUCACGCCUGGAAUCUGCCCAAGCCUGUCAACCAUGAAGGCGAUCGUGGAAUGUGCAGGGGGACGAGUAUUGUCUAAACAGCCGUCUUUCCGGAAACUUGUGGAGCACAAGCAAAAUAAGAGCUUGUCAGAGAUCAUCUUAAUAUCCUGCGAGAACGACCUGCACUUAUGUCGGGACUAUUUCGCACGGGGCAUAGACGUCCAUAACGCAGAGUUCGUGCUCACCGGGGUGCUCACGCAGACACUGGACUAUGAAUCGUAUAAAUUUAACUGAUGGCAUCCGCACCGCGACUGGAGUCCUGGCCACGGGCCCGGCCGCGGCCGCCGUCGGGUGGACGGACCCGCUUCCUGCAGAGGCCCGCGUUUGCCAGCUGCUUUGGGAGGCAGGCGCUCUAGAGCAGGAAAACCAAUAGGAUACAUAUGCUGCAUCUUUUUAAGAUGUGUAAUUUUAUUCUGAGGAAACAUAAAUUAUGUUUUGUAUUAUAUGAAUUUAUGAGCCCACAUUAGGUUUUAUGAUUCAUUUGCCAGGUUUUUAAAUGUUUUCACAACACUGUUAACAGAACUUCAACUACAAAUAAAAUGGUGUAAAUAAAGACCUUGCUAUCUCUAAAUUAUGAUGUUAAAGAUUUGAAAUGUUUUGUACUUUGAUUAUUUUUAUUUCUUAUACUCUUUUCUUUUAUAUUGAUAUCUUGCCCACAUUUUAAAUAAAUGUACUUUUGAACUUAGAA